AUGGAUGAUGCUAUGCGUCGUAGCAUCUAUGGUUCGUCUGACGAAUCAGAUGAACCAUCGCCGAAGCGUAGGCGCUCGAGGUCGCAAGACUCGGGCGCUCACAGUGGUGUCGGUUCUCCUAUGGACACCACUUCGCAACGAGGUGCCAGUCCUUCUGUCGCCACGUCGCAGGAAGAGCGGGACCGCAACGUGUUGCGUCUUGCUCCCGAGAAGAAGGCAUGGAUGCCCCCAAAAUCCGUCAUGGAUCACUUGUCGGUGACGACGAGUGAUCGUUAUCGAACACGGUUGUUUGAUUCGUCAAGGAUCCAUCACCUUGACCCCAGUGCGAAAAACUAUCGCGCUGAACAUGAAUUCUUCAUCAAUGCUUUCUUUAGACAUCGAUGGUACAGUGGGAAUCACAAGCGUGAUGGUCCCUCACUACUUCAAGCGUGGAACGCCUACAUCCAUAACCUUGAGGAUGUAGGUCGUGACGUUUGGAACAACAAACUUAUCAAAGCUCGUGAUUAG